AUGCGCUAUGCCGUACUGGUCACUGGCCCCGCCGGAGCAGGAAAAUCUACAUUCUCAAAUGCACUCCUCACGCACCUCCAGACCGCUAAACGCACCGCACAUCUCGUGAACCUUGACCCAGCAGCGGAGAGUGACUCGUUCGAGUACGAGCCUUCGAUAGAUAUCCGCGACCUCAUCAGCUUGGAGGACGUCAUGUCCGAGCUCGGAUAUGGCCCGAACGGCGGACUAGUAUACUGUUUUGAAUAUCUGCUCGAGAACAUGGACUGGCUGGAGGAAGAGCUCGGUGGGUUUGACGAUGACUACCUCAUCAUCGACUGCCCAGGCCAAAUCGAGCUCUUCACCCAUCACCCCUUCCUACCGACCCUCGUGCGACAGCUGAAUCGUCUCGGCCUGCGCACAUGCACGUACAUUCCCCCGUCCCCUGCUGCUCUACCUUACCAGAACUGGCGUGCUCUCCGCAAUGUCGGCGAUGGUGAACCUCGAGAUCCCCUGGAUAAACGUCAUGUCGAAGAUGGAUCUCGUCACGAACAACGAGAACGACGCCGCGAGCGGCCGGAACGGUAUCCGGGCGCGGAAAGACAUCGCCAGGAGGAUAAGAGGAUAUACCCAGGAGGGAGAAAGGAACGCGGCGAGGGCGGGGGCAGUGCAGGGGACAAAGAAAGACGGGCGAGGGCAGGGAUCGAUCCCACGCGCGGGCCCAUCUCGCGCGCGCGAUCUGCAGACGGAUCUGAGAUGGCGACCUUGAAGGUCCGAGCCACUCCUCCGCCAGAACCACAACUGCUUAAAUUCCGCCCAAAAUGCAAUCGCCUCUCCACCGCACCACCGCCUCUCCUCUCCUCCCCCCAUAUAUUCCCCGCCAUGUCCACCUACUACGUCCAGUCUCCCUACCCGUCUCCCUACCACACUCCCACCCCCGCCCUCACACAAACAUACUCUGCUCCCGCCAUGCCGUCCUACUACGUCGCCCCUUCCUCCCAUCGUGUCUCGCGCUCCCACUCCCACUCGCGCGGCUACUCCCAGCCCCAGGUCUACUACACUCACAGCGGCCAGCAGCAGCCCGUCAGCUCCGCCCCGUACUACACCCACUCCUACAGCCAGGGCUCCCCCGCAGUGUACUACGACACCACAGGCGGGCACAGACGCACCCGCAGCAACAGCACCGGACACAGCGGCGCCCACUACACGACGUCCAGCGCGCAUGCGCAUCACGGCUACCCCUCCUCCGGCCAUAGCCACAGCCACGGUCACGGCCACUCGCGCCAUCGCUCCCAGUCCGCGACCCGCUCCCACUCGCAGUCGCGGCACCGUAGCCCGCGCGUUGUCGACCUCCGCGCUGCCCAGCCCGUCUACACCUCGGGCUCCCACAGACACUCGCACUCGUCCGGGCGGCGCUACUCGACGCCGUCCGAGCCCACCAUGGGCGACCGCCUGCGCCGCAUGUUCGGCAUGCAGCCCAGCGACACCCGCCGCGCACACUACGUCGACGCGCGCUCGGGGCGCACCGUCGACUGGCGCGGCCAGCCCAUCUACCGUGUCUAG